AUGGAUGUGGGCCAUAUUCUCUUGGGAAGGCCAUGGAUAUACGAUCACAACGUGACCAUCUUAGGUCGAGAAAACAUAUGUUCAUUCAUCCAUAAAGGGAAGAAAGUCACGUUAAAGCCACUUCAACCCAAGAUUGUGAAUAACCCUACACCAAGCAAGGAGGAAAAGAGUCAAGUAAGCAAAUCCAAAGCCUUGCACAUCAUUACUUUAAAAGAAUUUAUUAAAGAAGUAGAAGAUGCUCCCAUAUAUGUUCUAGCCAUUAGGGAAUCAUGGCGUUUCGCUAAUAUGGAAGUGCCUUCCACGGUGAGACCGAUUUUAGAAGAGUAUCAGGAUGUGUUCCCCGAUGAUCUCCCAAAUGAACUUCCUCCUCUCCGAGACAUUCAACAUGCGAUUGAUCUUGUUCCUGGGUCAACAUUACCCAAUUUACCUCACUAUCGAAUGAAUCCCACAGAACAUGCAGAGUUGAAGCGACAAGUUGAUGAACUUCUUGCUAAAAGAUUUUUUCGAGAGAGCCUUAGCCCUUGUGCCGUACCCGCUCUACUCAUACCUAAGAAAGAUAUCACGUGGAGAAUGUGUAUUGAUAGCCGGGCUAUCAACAAGAUUACAGUCAAAUAUCGGUUUCCCAUACCAAGGCUCGAUGACAUGUUGGAUAUGAUGACCGGUGCCACUAUCUUUUCCAAGAUAGAUUUGAAAAGUGGAUAUCAUCAGAUUCGUGUUCGGCCAGGAGAUGAGUGGAAGACAGCCUUCAAAACAAAAGACGACCUAUAUGAAUGGUUAGUCAUGCCUUUUGGACUAACCAACGCGCCAAGCACUUUCAUGAGAGUUAUGACACAAGUUUUGAGGCCAUUCAUGGGUAAAUUCUUGGUUUAUUUUGAUGAUAUCUUAAUCUAUAGCACCUCACAAGAUCAACACCUUAGCCAUCUAAAGCAAGUCUGCACGGUUCUUCGAGCAGAGAAGCUGUUUGCUAACCUUAAGAAGUGUUCCUUCAUGUCUAGUGAAGUUAUCUUCUUGGGGUUUGUUGUGACGUCUGAAGGCAUGAAAGCUGAUUCGGAAAAGGUAAAGGCUAUUGUUAGUCGGCCAGAACCAACAAAUAUCCACGAAGUGCGUAGUUUUCAUGGAUUGGCCACAUUCUAUCACGACUCCUCUCACGGAUUGCAUGAAGAAGUGAGAAUCAUACCACUAAAACAUAGUCAAGCGAUAAUGGAAAAACUAUAA